UUGGGAGGUAAUUCUCUUGCUUGUGAUCAGUUACUAUCAAAUAGGGCCAUUUUGCCUUCUCCAAACCUCAGAUUACGCCUGCUUCAAUCAGUGCUAGUGAUACUCCGUGAGUGGGUAAUGUCUGUAUUUGCACAGAGAAUGGGUACAAGUGCUACUGGAGCAUCUUUAAUACUGGGUGGAGCAUUUCCACUGGAGCAGACAGGACUAAUCAACCAAGGGAUUCGAGAUAAGAUCACUAGUGCAGCGAACAGGUUAAAUUCUUGUAUCUGCAUUCCUUUUAUAUGAUAUGUAAUGCCCUU